UAAAAAAAGAGAAAAAUUAAAUUAAAAAAAUAAAGAUAAAGUAGUUGAAAGUGUCGUGAGAGAGUUUUACCAUCUCUAUUUGCAAAUUUUUUGACUCUUUUUAUUAAUGUGUUGAUGGAAAAGGAUCAUUGCAGAAAAGACAUAAAGUGAAACUUUUAUACUUAGUUGCUCCGACCGUUGCUGCAAUGUUCAUCCUUAUAUUCGGUGGCUUAUUUUACAUGAGAAGGCAGCUUGGUAGUACACAAGGGAGCAGGGAAAGCACUCAAGAAAAUCCCGACUUUCGUCUAUACGACAACAAGAAACAGAUCAAAAUGUGGAUGGAUUCUCGCCAAUUCGAGAAGGAAGAUAAGAAAGGCAUAGACGUGCCAUUUUUUGAUUUUGAAAUUAUUCGUGUCCCUAUUCCCUUUUACUUCAGGGCAUAGCUAUAGUAGAUAGUAGCACUCAACAAUCUCUUUUUCUUCGUAAAGAUUUUAAGUUAGUCCAAAAGAGUUUUAUCAAAUGACUUUGCUACUACACAAAUUAAAAUAAAAACCUUGUAGAUCGAACAAGGUGUCUGACCUGGGAAAUACACUUUGAGAUUAUCUUGGGAAUUGCACAGGGAAUGCUCUAUCUUCACCAAGAUUCUAGGCUGACAAUCAUUCACAGAGAUCUCAAGACGAGCAACAUUUUGCUUGAUGAGGAGAUGACUCCCAAAAUUUCCGACUUUGGUUUGGCACGGAUAUUUGAGGCAAAACAAAUUGAAGCAAUCACGCAAAGAGUGAUGGGAACAUAUGGAUAUAUGUCUCCAGAGUAUGCUUUGGACAGAUUUAUCUCAUUCAAGUCUGAUGUUUUUAGUUUUGGUGUCAUCGUGUUGGAGAUUAUUAGCGGGAAACAUAACACGAGCUUUUAUCAGUCCAAAGGAACAAUGAACCUUCUCAAUCAUACAUGGAAAUUAUGGAAUGACAAUAAAGCAUUGCACUUGAUGGAUCGAGUGUUGCACGAAACUCACAUCAGAGAUCAAGUUUUGAAGUGCAUAAACGUGGAGCUUUUAUGCGUGCAAAAAGACCCAGGCGAUCGUCCCACAAUGUCAGAUGCAGUUUUCAUGCUCGGUAGUGAAACAAUGACUCUUCCAGCUCCGAAGAAACAGGCUUUUGCAGUUAGGAUAGGCGUUUCUACAACGUCUUCUUCUUCCAGCAAACCAGAGUCGUGUGCGAUGUUAUCGACUACUCUGGGACAAGGACGGUAAUUUUAAAUCUUCCUCGAAUCCAUUCCACAUCCGAAUAGUCGAAAGCGUUGGCCAUCAGGCAUUUUGUUUAACUAGGAGUGCCUCAAAUAUUUGCUUUAUAAUACUCCUUGCUCCUCCAAGAAAAUACAGUUGACUCUCUAUUGACUGUUGAUGCUCCUCCUCAGCCUAAAGACUGUACAAUACUAACAUCCCCGAAUCCGCGUCUUGAUCACCAGAGCAGAUUAUUUUCCUGUCGUUUCCCGUACUUUUCAUUGGUAAUAAGUUUUUUCUGAUGCAAUUGAGUUGUAAAAUCAAUUUCCUACUGGGUUAUUGUCAUCCUAUCAAACUCACAAUCUACCACACUCUAGCAUACUCCGGAGAAAAUCUGUUUAUGAAUUG